CUAACGGCAGUGAUAUAUCAUCGUUGUUGCCAAAUUUCGGUACUGACAAUAAAGCGGUAUUAGUCAGCAGAAGAAAGUAUUUUAUUUUUUAGGAAAAAGUGGUUGGGAAAUUAUACUCAAAUUUUGUAAUCCGAGUCUGGCGUCACUCAGCCUUGCGGCCGGCAACGCUCCUGUUCAAACUUAUAAAAACGAUGAUGUGCAACGCACGGUGAUCAGUGAUCGCACGCGCUUAUGGUUAGGUGAGCUAGGUGAGGACGGCGAAAUGGGUGUCGACUCUUCGUUAUCCAAGUCCGUAAUGGACAUUGUCGGUUUCCUGCUGAUUUCGGCGGCGUACAUCCUGCAGGCUGUGUUCAGGGCGUGCUUGCCGAGGAAGUGGCAGCAAUUUAAGGACAUCAGUGGUGAAAUUGCACUAGUGACCGGUGGCGGUGGUGGUUUAGGCAGACUGUUGGCCCUACGUUUGGCCAAAUUGGGUGCCACCGUUGUUUUGUGGGAUAUCAAUGUUCAGGGCUUGGAAGAAACUGUGAAUUUAGUGAAGGGCAUCGGUGGUACCGCUUACGCUUUCAAAUGUGAUAUUGCAGAUAAGGACGAUGUGUACAGAGCGGCGGACAUAACGAGAAAAGAAGUUGGUGAUGUGACCAUACUUAUAAACAAUGCCGGCGUUGUGUCAGGCAAUUUGUUGUUGAACACUCCCGAUCAUCUUAUCAAGAGGACUUUUGAUGUCAAUAUCAUUGCGCAUUUCUGGACUGUAAAAGCGUUCUUGCCCAAGAUGAUCGAGACCGACCACGGACACAUAAUCACGGUGGCUUCGAUGGCCGGUUUCGUCGGCACAUACAAACUUGUGGAUUAUUGCUCCUCGAAAUACGCGGCGGUUGGCUUCGACGAAGCUCUAAGGGUGGAACUGGAGGCUCAGGGGAUCUAUGGCGUGAAAACGUCGGUCGUUUGUCCCUAUUUUAUACAGUCGACUGGCAUGUUUAAUGACGUGAAUACGAGGUUCCUGCCCACACUGAAACCCAACGAUGUUGCUGAUAGGAUCAUUGAGGCUUUGCAGAAGGAAGAAACUGUUGUUAUGAUGCCUAAUGUGUUUAGGAUUGGCUUAAUAUUGAGACUAAUUGUACCCUGGUCAGUUGUUUCCAUGUUCAUGCGAGGAUUGGUGCUGGAUCCAACCCCACAUCACAAUCCAAAAAUAAAAGAAAAGACGGAAAACGGCAACAUACCGAGCAUACCGAACGGAAAUAUCGAAGAAACAAUUGAUGGCUGUAAAUCUAAAAUUGAGAAAAUCGACGAUGUUCCGAAGAAUACGGUGAAACACGCUGUGGCAUCGAUACAGCAUCGGAAUGUCAAUGGCAAAAAUUUACAUUAAAUUAUUUGUUGUACAUUUUAGGAUAGUUCAGUUAUUUUGUUACAUAAUUUGUAGGUGAAUAAAAUAUUUUUUAAGAAAAAGUA